AUGCUCAUGAAGCCCAUCGGCCUAUCCGCUACUACGAACUCCUUCCCUAUGAUUAACCCACCGCGUAACAAGAGCGCCAGCUUCAUGAUAUUGCAGACGCGGUGGACGUACGCGAAGGAGAUCCCAGCAGGACAAUACUAA